CUCAAUAAUCUGGAUUCCCCGUUAUCGUCCAUUUUGGAAUUUCCUGUGUGUUUUUGCUACAUACCACAGAUUUCCUUAUUGCUGAUUUCAUUUUCAUUUUUGGAAUGGCGGGGUUACCUCGAAGAAUAAUCAAGGAAACCCAACGCCUUAUGGCUGAGCCUGUUGCUGGAAUUACAGCUAUCCCAGAUGAACAGAAUGCUAGGUAUUUUCAUGUAGUGGUUGCUGGACCAUCUCAGUCACCAUAUGAAGGUGGUUUAUUCAAAUUGGAGCUCUUUCUUCCUGAAGAAUAUCCCAUGUCAGCACCAAAAGUCCGAUUUAUGACAAAAAUUUAUCACCCAAAUAUUGACAAAUUAGGAAGAAUAUGUCUAGAUAUACUUAAAGAUAAAUGGAGUCCAGCAUUGCAAAUCCGAACAGUUCUACUUUCCAUUCAGGCUUUAUUGAGUGCUCCUAAUCCAGAUGAUCCUUUAGAUAAUAGUGUGGCUGAGCAUUGGAAAACAAAUGAAAAGAGUGCUAUUGACCAAGCUCGCCAGUGGACUCAGCUGCAUGCCAAAUCAAGUGGACUCAAUAGUCACUGAGAGUGAAUCUGUCUUAGUUUUUAACACAUUGUUUUUUUCCCCAUGUUGUGUUUAUACCAAACCUAUAAAUUUAGACUUGGAAAAACAGUCAUUAAAAAAUGAAACUUGUAUUAGUCUGUAUGAAUGUGUGAUCAUUAGUUUUUGUCAAGACUAAUUGUAAAUUAUUUGAUAAGCUUUGUAUUUGUCACCUCAAAAAAAUAAAUAACUUUAUUUUUAUCACUGUUUGAAUCUUCUUAGUAACCGUAUAUUAUGUAAACAAUUGUAUGCUAAUUUUCAAUUCCUGUUUGUUUGAAUAUAAAAACAGGAUUAUUGCUGUUUUUGUACCUAAAUUGUCCAAUAAGCUAGAUUGUAGUUCAGUUUGUCCUCUCACCACUUAGAUUUGACUGUUAAAACAGAAACUUGCAUAUUAACUGGAAAGAGUUGUAAAUAUGUGAAGUGUUUGUGAUUCAUCUGUGUAUCAUUUGAGUGAUAUCUGUGACAACUUACAUUCUUUAAAAAAUGUUUGAGUUUAAUCACAAACUAGAUAUUCUCAUAACUGUACUGCAUUGGAAAUAUUUUGUAUAUAUAUGUUCCAGUUCUCUUACAUGUACAUUUAGUACAGACCUAACAGUAAUGUUUCAUUUCAACAUUUUUUAAAUAGCUUUAUUGAUAUUAUAAUAAAUAUUUUUUUUUGCCUGGAAAGAUAGCACCAAUUUGAAUGACAUAAAUUCAUUAGUUUUACUAUCAUGGUAUGAUUAAGUUUACUCUUCAACAACACUAUUUGUGGAGAACUCUUUUAUUUCAAAAUUAAUUUCACCCUUUAUGUUUGUAUAGACAAGAUUUUUUAAGCAGACAGUUUCAUACCAUUGAUUGUUUUAUAUAAGAACAUUUGAAAAGAGGAUGUUUUCUACUAGCAGCAAGUAGGAUCAAUAUGUUUUAAUAGCUUUGAAGAUUUUGUUAAGCGCUGAGAAUUUUUGCCAUUAGUUUGUAGGUAAAGCUUAGAUAUCUAAAUUAUUUUGAUUCAAUUGCAAGCAUCUUAUCUGGUUUUUCCAACUUACUUGGUGGCAAGACUGUUCAUAACUACACAUCUUUUUUUUUUUUUUAAUUCAUUGAAAACUUUUUUUAAAAUCAUAAAAAGUCAACUGAAUGGAGUACAUUGUUAGUCUAAAUAUUGGAAUGGUGGAUCAGUUUUUUUGUUUCAAUGCUCAUUUUCAUACAAAGAUAUGUUACACUUGUUUGUAAUGUAUACAAAUUAAAAGUAAUGCAAAUUUUAACAAUUUUUGUUAAAUUAUGGCAGGCAAAAACGUGAGAGGGAUUGUCUGUAUAAUUUUAGUAAAUUUUUUUUGGUUUGAUUUGUGUGUAUAUUUCUUCAUUUCCAGAUUUCAUCCUCUGGGUAAAUAAAGAUUGAGCACAUUUUAA